AUGGCAGUACGAUUAUCGUCAGGUCUUUCACCACCUUCAUGGCUGUUGCGCGAUACGCGAGCGGAUGCUGAUGGGCCAAUCAUCGACCGGACUGGAAGCUGGGCAAGCAAGACAUGCGACACUUUGGAUCAAGAGCUCAAGGAACCAGCAGAAGAAGAAGGACGCGAUCUUGUGAAGGAGAAAAUGGCAGACCGAAGCCGGCUGAUGAUCUUGCUGCUCGAUGUGAUGACUUCGCCCUUCUGCCAAGAUAGCCGCCGCCCGCUUUCUCAAGGUGGUCGAACGAUGAUCGAAAGAUCUUCCGCCACCUUCACAGCUGUGUCGCGACCGGGAGGGCUGUCGGUGAAACCGAUGGACAAGACGCCGCCCGACUUCUCAAUUUGC